AUGACUACAUUGAAGCAUGAAAAUGAAGUGGUUGAUAUCACAAAAGUGGAGGAACAGGCUACACAGUUGGAGAAAGAUUUGGUUGAGCAGACAAAGACUAGGAUUAAAACCGUUGAGAUCAGAUUGGUUGAAGCCAAAAUAAUGAAGGAAGCCGCUAGAGCCUCUGAAGGUAUUGCUCUUGCAGAGAUUAAUGUCCUAUCAAACAAUGAGAGCACCUCUGCAGUUCUUCUGCAAAAGCCUGAUGGUGUAACUUUCAUUUGA